CAAGUAUAUAAGUAUGAUGACUCCGCCACUGGAAUGUACCGAUCUCUCCCUAACCUACCCCACUGUGUGCGUAGGCGAUCUGUGCACGAGUGGUCCUUCACAAAUAUGCAGCACAGGCAAAUGGCAACACCCCGCAUCGGUUGCGCCACAUGCAAAGGUCGUGCCAUCAGUUGCGAUGGGGCCAGGCCCCACUGCACAAACUGCUCUCGGUCUAACCGGAAAUGCCACGGGUAUGGUCUCAAGCUGUCCUGGCCGCGUGCGAACGAUAGCCGGCGUGCUGUCGUCUCUAAGUCGUCACCGCCCUAUCUGUCACUCUCCAAAACGGGCUUAGUCUCCGAUGCACGAUUCGUCCACAUGUCGCAUUGGGACAUUGAGUUGAAUCACAGCUUGACAAGCUCUGCGCCAGUGCGUACCCUGUCUUUGCUUGGCGUACCAAUGCUGUGCAACACAUUCAAGUUGGAGGCUCCUGAUCGAGACCUGUUCGAGUACUGUAUGCUGUGACAACCCCGCAUAGCUACUCACCGAGCUAAAUCAGGGGAGGCAGUGCUGACGGGUUCAUGUGCAGUUUGCUGUGUAGCAUCCGCGGCCCUGGCUACCUUUGGUCACGACGCCAUCGCCCUUGGAGAUAUCCUGGUUAGAAUUGCUCUGGAAGGGAAAACUGCCUCG